AUGUCUUCCAUCUCCGCAAUGGGCAAACGCCUCGAAGGCAAGACCGUCCUUGUCACCGGCGCGUCAUCCGGAAUCGGGCGCAGCAUCGCGCAAGAAUUCGCACGCACCAGUCCGAACAACUUGAAGAUCAUCGUCACCGCCCGCCGCGUCGACCAGCUCAAAGAACUAGCGGCCGACAUCAAAAAGGAAGUCGGCGACGGCGUCAAAGUUCUCCCUGUGAAACUGGACGUUUCGAACCCCCAGGAAGUGGCCAACUUGAUCCCUAGUCUGCCGGAGGAGUUUAGAGAUAUUGAUAUCCUGGUUAACAAUGCGGGCCUUGUCAAGGGAGUUGAUAAGGCGCCUGAGAUUAAAGAAGAGGAUAUGAAGGUCAUGUUUGACACGAAUGUGACGGGCCUGAUCAAUAUGACGCAGGCGGUGUUGCCGAUUUUUAAGAACAAGGAAAAUGGGAAGGAUGGUGGAAGGGGAGAUAUUAUUAAUAUUGGCUCUAUUGCGGGGAGAGAGGGAUAUCCGGGGGGAAGUAUCUAUUGUGCGACGAAGGCGGCGGUUAGGACGUUUACGGAUGCCCUGAGGAAGGAGUUGAUUGCGACUAGGAUUAGGGUUAUUGAGAUUGAUCCGGGCCAGGUUGAAACGGAGUUUUCUGUGGUUCGGUUCUACGGCGACAAAUCCAAAGCCGCAGAAGUCUACAAGGGCGUCGAACCCUUGACGCCAGACGACAUUGCCGAAGUCGUCGUCUUCGCCGCCGGCCGUAGGGAGAACGUGGUCAUUGCUGAUACUUUGAUCUUUCCUAACCACCAGGUCAGUUCUUCCUCCUUUUCUCUGCUUUGCUCAGAGUUGAUCAUUUGA